CCAUUCCCAUGGAUUGUAUUACUGGAGACUCCAGCUCCGAGACAUCUGCUCCGCUACUAACAACGGAGCGCGUCCCCGCGUCGGUCCUGCUCCCGUGGUGCCCCAUCCUCCUCCUCCUGCCCUCGUCCCCAGACUUGUGAUCUCUCCGUUAUCAGUGUUAACGCGGUGAUCAUGAGGAGCCACAGUGCAUGUGCCCUCCGCGGUUUCCGGCGGUAGUUCACCAAAGCAAAGCGCGUCCCUUUCUUCACCAUCCCUCCCGUGCGCCCGAGAGGCAGCGAGUUGCGGCGGCGGAGCGAGCAGCAACCCCCGGUGCCAUCGAGCAGCACAUUUCUUUUUGUCUGUGGGCUCCGCAGGCUGCUGGCUGCUGGCUUUGCGGCUUCGCAUCCUCUCGCUGCUGGCUACGUUAUUUGUAGGAGAGGACGAGGAAGGGCGGAUGAAAAAAACACAAGAUCUCCUCGUCUGAUGUAUGAAAGCGCUUCAACAGUCGGAUAUUUAAUCAGAUUUUGUUUUGUCUCUCUGCGAGCUUUUUGUUUUUGUUUGUUUUUGAAACCAUGGAGUCGGUGGAGAAGGAGUGUGGAGCGCUGGGUGGAUUAUUCCAGGCCAUCGUGAACGACAUGAAGAGCUCUUACCCCGUGUGGGAAGAUUUCAGUGCCAAGGCCACAAAACUGCAUUCUCAACUCAGGACCACAAUUCUGGCAGCUGUGGCCUUUUUAGAUGCCUUUCAGAAAGUGGCGGACAUGGCUACCAACUCUAGAG